UACCAAGGAAGGAACUGUGCUCAGACGCCAUCGUUCGGCGGUAUUGGGAGACGGUUCGAAAUUUGCACACACGAACACCCUCUUUCCACUUGGCACAAAAACUCAGUGUGAGAGCAUUUAUUUGAGUAACUCCGUUCAUAAUCGAGUGGUGAACUUUUAUUUUUAUUCUGAAACAUGUAAAGGCGAUGUUUAUUGCGUAAGGUGACAUGCUAGCUAGCUUCGGCGGCGUUGUUGUAGUUAGCCAUGGAUCCCCUAAGCAUGGUGGAGGAUGAAGUGGCUUUGGAGGGAUUGGACGGCAUCACUAUCCCCUCUUUGUGGAUACGACUGGGGGAUAGGAAGCCCAAGUUUCCACUUAAGAUGGACGACGGCACCAAGGAGCUUGUCUGGAGGUCGCUGGUGGCCAACAGCGACCUGACGUUCCACCUUCUGCCCGCCGAGAGGGACGAUGUGGUGCUGUAUGACAGGUUUAAGAUGUCUCACGAAGAGAACGACGAAGACAAGAAAGACGUGUACCCACUGCACAUAAUCCAGGACAACAAGGACGGCAUCCAGGGCUCGUGCGCCACCUUCUGCCAAAGGACCGACGUGACGGCGCGCCUCCGUUCCUCGUCGCCCAUCAGCGUGGAUGAGGUUUUCAAAAGGUACGGCAGGAAGCUGGUGGCGGUGGCGUCACAGAGGCGCCGUUUCCUGGCUCUCAUUGGCAGCGAGGGCGACCCUGACACCAAACUGCUGGAUGACUCCUACUGCAUGCUGGAGCGAGUGGGACGGGCACGAUGGCAGGGGGAGCUGCAGAGUGAUCUGCACAAGUCCUGUUUCAAGGUGGACUCCCGUAAAUUGCACUACAUCCGGAAGGCUCUGGACCGCCACGGCUUGGUGUGCACUCAGGCCUGCACCAAACGCCUAAAGACGGGACAAGGGCAGAGCUCCAUUCUCCUCAUGCUCAAACGCUUCCACAUCAUCAGGAGGUCCAAGUACGAUGUGCUCAUGGAAUAUGUGUCCACCCUCCUCCAGAAGAUGCCCCGCCAGCUGGCUGCAUUUGUCACCAUCCGAGAGCACCUGAAACUGCCAGAGCAAAUGUGCAAGCGCGUUUUUCGGUACAUGCGAGAUGCCAAGUUGGUGGAAUACUGCAGCGUGCCUCUGGAGGAAUUGGAUGAGGAGGGAGGAGCCCUGCGAACCAGAAGAGGCAAAAAAGUGCAGGUACGCUGCCUGAAGCUGAUCAAGCCGUACACAGGCAAGGUCGUCACUGCGGUGGAUGAGUGGAAGGAGGACGAAGACGAGGACGAAGACGACGAGGACGAUAAGAGGCGAGCUCAGUCCCCUGUGGGCCGGCUCAUGGAAAAGGACCUUUUAUCCCAGGCAUAUAAACUAAUUGUAUCGUCUGGCACCGAGGGAAUCGCUCAGUCGGGCAUCGCCUCCAGGAUGAAUGUUGGCAAGCUCGAGGCUCGCAUGCUCUGGAGGAAGUUGGAGAGGGACGGCGUCAUCAAGGGAUUCAUGGUGGAUGAAGGCCGUCAGAGGGUCACAAAGUUCAUCAGCCACAGGAGCGUGGGUGGCAGUGAUCACCUACAUCUCCUCUCUAAAGAGAAGCAACGCAAGAAGCUUUUCCACUCCUCGACCUCUCCCAUGUCAGCGAGCACACCCAAGGCCUCAGCUCAAACCCAGGCCACAGGCAAACGACGACAGAAAACUCCCAAGAAGAGCAGUGCGGCGAGUGAAGGGGAAGACGACCAGGUUGCAAGUUUAGAUUUGGGAGGUAAAGUCAAAAAGAAAUCGAGAGGAACGGCCCCAAAGAAUCCCGAGGUGGUCACCCCAGAAGCUGCUCCAACUCGAUUAAUAGUAGACACUGAGCCUGAUAGAACAUCAGAGCAAGCUCCAGUCAAGGAGAAAGAGGAGGACGAAGGAUCCUUGCCUCUAUGCCAGGAGGAGGAAGGGAAUGCAGCGGACCCAGCAACUGACAUUGUGGUGGUCGAUAGUGUUUACAAGCAGCAGAUCUCCACGAGCAGUCACAGGAUGCAUGAAACAUACCGCAUGCUCAGGAGGAAGAACCUCAUCACGGAGGCCAUACAUAAGCUCAAAGUCAUCGACGGCCUUUACCAAUUACAGAGGCUGAUCAACGACGAAGAGAAGCGUCAGGGUUUCACAACCAAGUGCUGCAAGAAGACCACAGCGCGCCUCGUCCAGACUCUGUCCAGAGAAGGACUGCUCAAGAUCUUUACCACCACCGUCAUACAGGACGGCAUCAGCAGGAAGCUGGAGAUGUUUGUUCAUCCGUCUGUCCAGCCCAAAGACGAGCUAGUGAGCGCGAGCAUCGAUCAGGUCCGCUUCAAAAUCACCAGCUCCUGCGUCGCUACAUGCCAACAGGCGGCAAGCAACGAGAGCCCCCCCAAAGUAGAAAAAGAAGAAACUAGCAAGAGUUUCAAGAGUUUCACUGAAAUCAAGAAGGAACACUCGAAAGAGGAUGGGAAAUUUAAGCCCACGACAGUUCGAGGACUGGGCAAGACUCUUGGUUUCCAGCCCAAGAUGCAUCGGCUGCGUGUUUUGCACACCUUCCUCUGGUAUGUCAUCUACGACCACCCAAUGGGGCCAAGACCCUCCUGGCUAGCGACCCCCCAAGAAGACCCUCCCAAGGUCAUCAAAGAGCCACUGAACACAAAGGAUGACGAUGUUAGCCUGAAUGAUUUGGAUGCGGCCUUGUCGGGGGAUGACGAUGAGGCCCAGAUGGAAAUUUCCAGUAACUCAAAGUGUGAAAUUAAAGUUUACUCGGAUGAGGAUUCAUGGAAGAGGUUUGUCCCGCCUGUUCGCACGCACAGCGAUCGAGACAGCGGCUGGGUGAUCGUGGGCGACCUGCUCCUGUGUCUGCCGCUCUCCAUAUUCAUCCAACUGAUACAGAUCAACUAUCAGGUUGAUGGCUUGGAGGAGUACUUGAAUGACCCUGUGAAGCAACACUAUCUGAUUCGGCAGCUGCCCCUCGGAAUCAGAAAGAAGCUCUUUUACAAACGGAAAUACGUUUUUGUCUUCUUCGAGAACCUGCAGCGCUUGGUGUGCAUGGGCCUGCUGCAGUUUGCUCCUGUGGAGAAGCUGAAGGAGAAAGACCAGCUGUUUUGUUACCUGAAGCGCCACGCCACCAUCGUAGACACCAUCAACACAGAACCGCAUUAUUGGCUGGUGGUCGAGCCCGCCGACAAACCCUUUGACAGACGCCGCUACACCUUCAACAGCACCGAGGACGUGGACACAUACUGGUUCGACCUCAUGUGCGUCUGCCUCAACACGCCCCUGGGGUUGAUUCGACCGAAGCGAGGCGCCUCCGAGGAGGAAGUGACCCCGUCUUUUGUGCAUGAGCGAAGUGUCUUUGUGGGAAUGGGUUCCUUGCUCAAGGGCAGCUACAUAGUGAGUGACGACGGCACCACGCCGGGCGACAGAAAAGGCGCCGCAGGUCUGGACUCUGAGUUCUUCGCUCAUCUCAAGCGCAACUGGCUGUGGACGAACCGUCUCCUGGCCUGCGAAUACCGGCCCAGUGUGUCGGGGCAAAGCGAGCAAACCAGAGUGCGACUGAAGAGCCUGAUGAGUAAAGAAGCGCUGCGGGCCGCACUGAAAGCGGGAGCUUCUUCGCCUCGCUUCUUGACCGCCAAGAAGUCAGUGGUCACGGAAGAAAAUGUGGAGGUGGCGAUUGAGCCGUCAUCCCGGAACCAGCAGGUGGUCGGAGGGAAGCGGCAGAAGAGGAAGAGACCCAAAAAGGAAGUUGUUAGGGUUCCUCGCAAGAAGAAAAAAGCGCCCAAGAAGCGCACCCCCGCGCACGACGAGGCUGACCACCAAGCGUUGAAAAAGAUGACCAGGCAGCGAGUCAUCUGGGCGGUGCAGGAGGACUCUCUGCUCAUGCUGUGCGGCGUCGCCUCGCAUCUCCUCAACAGCAAGUUGCGGAGAAUGUUUGUGGCCCACUGCGUGGUACGAGACCUCCUCCAGGAGGAGUUUCAGAUCUCUGAGGACAAAACGUCGGUGGCGGUUGGGCGCCGCACUCGCUACAUCCUCAAGAAUCCUCAGACAUUUCUCAACUACAGGAUCUGCCUGGCUGAAAUCUAUCAGGACAAAGACCUGAUGAAACAGUUGGAGGACAACAAGCCAGCCAAUUCCAAUAAUGCAGAGAUGUGUCAUCUUCAGGAUUGUGCCAAAGCAUUCAGCGAGUACGUCAAGCUCCUCCGACACAAGUUUAGCUCAGUCGUCAAUGCAGACGACGUGAAAUUGCCUGACAGCAAACAUCAGCUCUUCUCGCAGUUUAAAGUGUGCGCAAUAGACACGGACAAGCAGAUUCCCUGCAGAGACACCCUCACUUGCACAAUGGAAAUCCACGCGUUGGUUUUGUUCAACCUCAUCCAGAGUACACUGGCCAUGACCAACUAUCAGAUGAAGUAUUCCAGAUCCUUUCAGACGUUCCACAUUUACAGUAAGUACCCGCAGGAGCUCCUGUGCCAGGUUUUCAUUCAGUGCCGUAAACGUCAUCUUGUCAACCGGCGCCGCGUCUGCCAGUCGUCGGGACCAAAGAAGAACCGAGCUCUACCCAUCCUGCCCAUGUCCUUCCAGCUCUCACAGUCCUACUUCAGAUUAUUUUCAUGGCGUUUUCCUCACACCCUGUGCACCGAGUCAUUCCGCUUCCUGAAGACUUUACUGACCAACGGCACAGGUGACAACAGGCCUUCGGUCUCCUACUGCCUGGAGACAGAGAGCAGCGAGGAAGUGCCGAAAGGAGAGACAAAGGAAGCAGAAGGUGGCCAAACCUCCACUCCGGAACAUUCUGGAAUGAUGCAGUUCCCUAUGGAUUCUCCUGGAGGAGCCUGCAUGGCGUCUCUAACGCUUAUGAGCUUGGGGCUACUGUCAGUACAUGUGUCCAUUCCCAAGAAGAUGGUGGUGGUGGACAGCAACCUGGUGGACAGCGACGUCAAGAGCAUGGUCUCAUUGGUGGAAGAGGACGAGGAGGACGAUGACCUCGCCAGCGAGGAGUGUGAGGGCAAAAAGAAGAUGCAAGUCAAAGCUCAACAGGCGUCGCACACCAAGUUCCUGUUGAUGAAAGGAUUUUGCAUUCCUGGCAUUGUCCAACUCCGAAAUCAGAACACCAGCGACAACAUCGUGGUGGAGUCGUGCAUGCUCAGGAUGCAGCUGCGACAAACGCCGGUUCGCAGCCUGUUGAAAGAAGACGGCGCCCCUCUGGACUUCUCCAAAACCGGCCCGGCCCUGCUGCCGUCCGUCCUCACCCGCUGCUUCCCGAGUAUUGCGCCGACUCCGGCCCGGUGCUCCGGCUACUCCCCCGAGGACCUGCGGGCGAGCGCCCAGCUAAGGAAGAGCCUGGACGGAGCCGGAGACAAAGGGGCGGACCAGAUGGACUUGUUCCGGGAGCUGGCUCACCUCUGCGUGCCGCAACCCGGACGCAGCAGGAGCCUGCAGCAGUACCUGGAGGAUUUACAUGAGGAAGGUCAGGUUCUCAAGGUGGGCGGCUACGGCAUUCGCUGGGUGCUCACAGAGCACGCCGAGCCCUGGAUCCUCACCUUCAACCCCGGGAACUGGUCCCAGCCGCAGGGCACCCCCAGCGGGUGUCCCUCCCAGCACAACAUCCCCUUCUUGCGCAAGAGGCUGCGGCCCAAGCCCCGGCGGGACGGGGACAAGGAAGAGGAGCCUCCGGGGAAAAAAGCGGCAACAGGCGAGAGACUCGACACGGAGGAGCGGCCGGUAGAGCCGGAAAGCCGGGAAUGCGCGGGAACGCUUUUGACAGGACGAGAAAGCAACGAGACGGAGGAAAAGUGCCAUUCCACUGAGGACAAGGCAGAGGGCGAACAAGCUGCUUUGACACAACAGGCCGACCUUCAGGAGGAGAGCAUGAGCUUCGUGAGCCGCCCGUGGCGCCUGGUGGACGGGACGCUGAACCGUCAGGUGUGCAAAGGCAUGCUGGAAGGCGUUCUCUACCACAUAAUGUCCCGUCCCGGCAUCCCUCAGUGGAGGCUGCUGUCCUACUAUGAGGGUGUGCUGCAGCCCGUCGUGGUUCUGGAGCUGGUCCAGUCUCUGCUGGAACUGGGCUGCGUGACAAAGAGAACGCUGGUCAAAAGAACCAAGCCCGCUCUCUUUGGACCCCCAACGCCAAGAGAGCCGACGACAGAGGAGCGAGAAUGUGUUUUUUACGAGCCGAUGGUCAGCUGCUGUCUCAGACUCGCUCAGGUGCUGCCCAAUGAACGCCACUGGAACCACUGUGGAAGCUAACCGCAGCUAACUAUUAUUUUUUUUAAAUCCUUGUGAAUUCAAAUGGAAUAAAGACUUAACCUCCCAACUUUA